AUUUUCACUGCCUUCGGCGCUCAUUUCCUGUUGGGCGUGCUCCGCUUUACGAGGAAGGGCGACUUUUUUUGCUCGUUUUCUUUCCGUAUUCAUUCUUCGAUAACGCUAAUCGGCAUUUUCACGCAGCCCGGAAUUUAGACGUAAAGAAAAUGUCCAAAUCUUUGAAGAAAAUCGUUGAGGAGACUCGGGAGAAGAGCCUCACCGAGGUGGACAUGUCCGACAGGGGCAUCUCUAACAUGCUGGACGUGCCUGGGCUUUUCACUCUUUCAAACAUCACUCAGCUGGUUCUUAGUCACAACAAGCUCACAACUGUUCCACCAAACAUAGCAGAUCUGAAAAAUUUGGAAGUGCUGAAUUUUUUCAAUAACCAGAUUGAAGAGCUGCCAACGCAGAUUAGCAGUCUUCAGAAGCUAAAGCAUCUUAACCUGGGCAUGAACAGGUUAAGCUCUCUGCCUAGAGGAUUUGGGUCCUUGCCUGCACUGGAGGUCCUGGACUUGACUUACAACAACCUUAAUGAGUCAUCACUUCCUGGAAACUUCUUCUACCUCACCACCCUGCGUGCACUCUAUCUAAGUGACAACGAUUUCGAAAUCCUGCCUCCAGAUAUUGGAAAGCUUACCAAGCUGCAGAUACUUAGUCUGCGGGACAAUGACCUUAUUUCUUUGCCUAAAGAUAUUGGUGACCUCACACAGCUGAAGGAGCUCCACAUACAAGGCAACCGCCUCACAGUGUUGCCCCCUGAAUUGGGCAAUCUGGACCUCACAGGCCCCAAACAAGUUUUCAAAGCAGAGAAUAACUCCUGGGUGACGCCUAUUGCAGACCAGUUCCAGCUCGGAGUUUCACAUGUUUUUGAAUAUGUUCGCUCAGAAACCUACAAAUAUUUGUAUGGAAGACAUUUGCAGGCAAACCCAGAACCUCCCAAAAAGAACAACGACAAGUCAAAGAAGAUAAGUCGCAAGCCUCUGGCAGCGAAGAAUAAGUAAAGGAAGUCACCAUGUUGGAAUCGAAGCGUCUUGCAUGUGCCUUUUUAUCUGUUUCAGUACCUCAACAUGAAAAGGAGCAGAAAAAUAAUUUGUAUGUAAAAAUGUUUCAACUCUCAAGACAGGAUUCUGCGAUGCCAGUGUUCUCUCUUGCAGUUUGUACUCACGCUUGCUUGAGUAGCUUCAAAUGUUUAAUUUAUGCAAUCUGCAUUUUCUACUACUUGUUGUAUUAUUUUCACUUACUGUAAUAAUGGACACUGCCCGGAGAACACCGCUAAGCCGUUACUAACAUAAAAUAUUCUGAUAAACCUCUGAAAAAACUUUGCUGUUUUACACUGAGCAGAAAUUAUGGAACAAAAAUGUGUGUUUCUAGUGUUAGGAGAAAUAUUAGGGAAUAGAAAAUAUUGUAUACUGAGUGUCACUUUUAACAUUGAUGGUAACUAUUAUUAAAUGCACAGAAAUAUG